AUGAAGAGAAAGCGUGAGGAAGGAGAUAAUGAAGAAGAGAGUAGUGGAGUCCGUGGAAAUUAUACAUUCAUAUUAGGAGAUACUGAUCAAAAUUUAAAGCAAAAAGCUCUAACAUGUAUUUAUAGUUUUGAUGGAGUUAUAUCCGUAAGCUAUUAUGCACAAAUGAACGCGUUUUGCGUGUUUGGAGAAGGAAUUAAGGAGACCGAAAUUCAAAGGAAGAUAGAUGAGAUUUAUAACCCAAAACCAAAGAGGUUCAUAUUGUGUUGUAUUCCCAAAUAAUGAUAUGGUGUUUUUUUUUUUUAAUUUCU